AUGGAAAAACCCCGGCCAUUAUGGGACAAUCCCUUACAGUUUAUUUUUGCCUGCAUUUCUUAUGCAGUGGGGCUGGGAAAUGUUUGGAGAUUUCCAUAUUUGUGUCAGAUGUACGGAGGAGGGGGAUUUUUAAUCCCAUAUCUCAUCAUGUUAAUUGUAGAAGGGAUGCCUUUGCUAUACCUGGAGUUGGCGGUGGGACAGCACAUGCGCCAGGGGAGCAUAGGAGCGUGGAAAAUCAUAAGCCCCUACCUCAGCGGGGUUGGCAUUGCCAGUGUGGUAGUGUCAUUUUUCCUCUCCAUGUACUAUAACGUUAUAAAUGCCUGGGCAUUCUGGUACCUGUUCCAUUCAUUCCAGGAUCCCUUGCCAUGGGCCAGUUGUCCACUGAACAGUAACCACACUGGUUAUGACGAAGAAUGUGCGCAGACCUCGUCUACUCAGUACUUUUGGUACAGGAACACCCUGAACAUUUCACCAUCCAUUGAGGAGUAUGGGAGCAUCCAGUGGGAGCAAGCGAUAUGCCUGAUCCUGGCUUGGCUGGUGGUCUAUCUGUGUAUUCUGAGAGGAACAGAGUCUACUGGCAAGGUUGUCUACGUAACAGCUUCUUUGCCAUAUUUGGUCCUCAUCAUAUACUUAAUUAGAGGACUAACACUACAUGGAGCUGUGAAUGGGCUGAUUUAUAUGUUUACACCAAAGCUAGAGCAAUUAGCAAAUCCUAAAACCUGGAUUAAUGCAGCUACCCAGAUCUUUUUCUCACUUGGUCUUGGUUUCGGAAGCCUGAUAGCGUUUGCCAGCUACAACGAGCCAAACAACAACUGCGAGAGACAUGCCAUUAUCAUCUCUUUGAUAAACAGCAGCACGUCAAUAUUUGCCAGUAUUGUGACUUUCUCUAUCUAUGGCUUUAAGGCGACUUUCAACUAUGAAAACUGCCUAAGCAAGGUAAUACUGCUGUUGACAAACGUUUUCGACCUGGAAGAAGGAGCUUUAACUGCAGACAAUCUCGACAGUAUGAAAAAUUACCUAACGUCUACUUACCCAAACCAGUAUGCAGAAUUAUUGCCACAGAUUAAAAACUGCAGUUUGGAAGCUGAACUAGACACGGCUGUCCAAGGCACUGGACUGGCAUUUAUAGUGUAUUCGGAAGCAAUAAAAAACAUGGAGGUCUCUCAGCUGUAUUCAGUGCUGUACUUUAUUAUGCUGCUGAUGCUGGGCAUAGGCAGUAUGCUGGGGAACACUGCAGCUAUCCUCACCCCUUUGACAGACAGCAAAUUUCUGUCCACCCAUUUACCUAAAGAGGUGAUCUCAGGUAUUGUGUGUUUCAUCAACUGCAUUGUUGGCCUGGUGUUCACCAUGGAGGCUGGAAACUAUUGGUUUGACAUAUUCAAUGACUAUGCAGCUACCCUCUCUCUGCUGCUCAUCGUUCUGGUGGAGACGAUCGCUGUUUGUUACGUCUAUGGGCUAAGGAGAUUUGAAAAAGACCUUCUCCUAAUGCUCGGACAUAAGCCAAACUGGUAUUGGAAAAUUAUGUGGGCUUUUGCCAGUCCUGUGCUAAUUAUAAGUUUGUUGAUAUUUUACCUCACUGACUACAUCCGCACAGGAACACUGCAGUACCAAGCCUGGGAUGCCACACAGGGUCAACUGGUUACAAAAGAUUAUCCAAGUUAUGCCCUAGCAGUUAUUGGACUACUUGUGGCUGCAUCCACAAUGUGUAUACCAAUAGGUGCAUUAAUAAUUUUUAUUAUGAAGAGACUGAAGAAGAGAAAUGUAUCAACUCUUGAGUGA